ACAUUUAUUUGUAAGUUGAUGGUGGCUGGAGCAAAUGGAGUCAAUGGAGUAUCUGUACUAAGACAAUCAGUGGCAUACAAGCAAGAACAAGAGAGUGUGCUAAUCCAGAGCCAGCACAUGGUGGAAAGAAAUGCAAUGGAAACAAAGCAGUUGUGAGGGAGUGUAACAACAUAUCCAGCUGUCAUGAAGCAUUUCCACUACGCUUUCAGUCAGGAGAGAACCCAUCUCGUGGCAUAAUGCAAAUCUACAAGAAUGGUAGCUGGCAAAAACUUUGCACCAGAAGUUGGGAUACAUAUGAAGAAAACUUGACCUGCAAGGCCAUGGGUUACUCAGCUAACAAUGUUGGUUAUGAUAAUGGCAUGUGGCACACAGACAGCAGCAAUACUUCAAACACAUCAAUCCACUUUAAUUGUACAACACUAACAGAAUGCGGGAGUAACAUUGAUAGCAAAACACAAUUAACAUGUAAAGUUCCUGUACGUUUAAAUGGAACAAAUCUAGAAUAUGGUGGGAGAGUGGAAGUAUUUUACAAUGGAAAGUGGGGAAAGAUCUGUCAGAACAAAUGGAAUUUUGAAGAUGUAAAAGUUAUUUGUCGUCAACUUGGCUUCAAACGUGCAGUGGCUGAAUUUGUAGUGGCAGAUGUCAAGGAUGAGGACAUUCCUUUUGUAAUGUCUGAUGUAGCCUGCAAUGGAAAUGAGCCCGAGCUGGCAUCCUGCCAGCGAACUGAUGGAAAGCUAAAUGUUGACUGUCAAAAUGAUGACACAGGUGCUCAGGCAUUGUGUGAACCAAAAAAGGACAAAACUAUCUUGGAUGUGGGUCAAGAAUUUUUGGAUGUUGACAGCAGCGAAAUUAUUCGCUGCUCCUUAGAAAAUGAAACCAAUCACAUAACUUGGUUCAAUAACAAAAAUCAAGAGAUUAAUUCUACAUCUGAGACAAGGAUGGAGGCAAACAAAAAUGGUGAAUUGACCAUUAAAAACGUUCAGUUGUCUGAUGGAGGAACCUAUGAAUGCAGGGGAUUAGAAUACACUCGAUACUACACCAUCUAUGUCAAUGCAAGAUUUACUGAGGUAAACCUUGAACAAGUUAUUAGCGCUGGUGCUUCUGGGAUUAUAAGCUGUAGUGCUGAAGGAACUCCAACCCCGCAGAUUGAGUGGAAGAGACAAGAUAACGUACUACUGGACAAGGGAAGAUUCACACAACUUUCUAAUGGAAGUUUGUACAUCAAUCCAGUUUACCCACAAGAUAAAGGAACAUACAUCUGCACCUUCAGACAAAGUAAAGGAAGUAAAAGGGUUACAACAAAAGAACAAACCAUCAAUGUUGUUGUCAUAAUUCGCCCAGUUAUUGAGAUGUUAGGGCCAAACAAGCCCUUGCAAGAAGGAGAAAGUGCCAACCUGACUUGUAACAUUAUUAAAGGCUUCCCUAAACCAGAACUAUCAAUUUUUAAAACUGGAGACCCUGAAGGACAACCAACCAUUUCUAAAUAUGGAUACCUUCUGUUUGACGAGUUGAAGAGAACUCUGCUCUUAACAAAUAUAACAGACAGAGUCGAAGGGAGAUACACCUGUAUAGCACAAAAUGCUGGUGGUAAUUUCACUGACAGCAAACAUAUAACAGUUAAAACUCCACCUGAACUACAUCCUGAACUCAGAAAUCGAUCCGUUGAACUGAACUCCACGUUUACUAUGGAAUGCACUGAAAGGGGAGAUCAUCCGCUACAGAUUAACUGGACUAAGAAUGGCGUGGAUCUUGGUAACAAUAACACAUACACUGUAGAUCACGUGACUUUCGACCAUGCAGGCUUGUAUGAAUGUACAGCUGUAAACUGGGCAGGGAAGACUAACGCAUUCUUUUGGAUUGACGUAACAGUCUCUCCUCAGAUUUAUGUUUCUCCAAGAAACAAGUCUGUUCCUGAAGGCUACCCAGCAAACUUUAGCUGCAAAGCCACAGGUGUUCCCAAGCCAACACUGUCCUGGAUAUUCAAUGAUGGGGACCUCCCAUCAGCUGUCAAUCAAACCAGUCUUGAUAAAGGAUCAUUCCUGGGGUUACCUCACACUACGAAACAAAUGGAAGGCAUCUACAAGUGUUUAGCAGAAAACAAAGCGAAGGCAACAACUUCCUCUGCAUAUCUUCAUGUCUUUGAAAAACCCAGCGCCGAAGUGAGCCCAAGGCCUUAUCCAAAACUGACAGAAGGAGAUGAGCUCAGAUUAACUUGUAAAGUCAAUAAAGUAACUGUGGCAAUCAAAUGGAAGAAAAAUGAUGAUGACGUAAUCCCGAGAGCACAGAUUGAUACACGAGUAGAUGAUAAAUCGAGCGAACUUUUUAUUGAGGAUGUUGUGGAAGGUGAUAGCGGGGAAUAUUCUUGUGAAGCACGUAACAGACCAGGUAUUGUGGCCCGCUCCACUGUGAAGAUCAAUGUCAAUGGUUCUAUUGCCAGGCUGGCUGUGGAGUGGUAUUAUAUUGUGGGAUCCCUGUUUGGUUGCGUUGUUAUAUUUGCUGUUGGUUGGUGCAUUUGCAAACGUCGAAGAGCAACUGUGGCAAGACUAUUUGAUCAAGAGCAAGCAGUUGAGAUGCAGUUCUGUAACGUUGAAGUGGAUGAAUGGGAGAUUGCAGUUGGCCGUUUACAACUUCAAGAGGUCAUUGGCAGGGGGGCAUUUGGAGCAGUCUGGAAAGCACUUUUGAGUGAACCGGAUGGAAAACCUGGAAAUCGGACAGUUGCUGCAAAAUGCUUCACACCCACUUCUGGGGAAGAUGGACGGAAAUCUCUGAUGAGAGAAAUUGAGCUGGGAAAACUUCUUGGAGAUAACCGUCAGGCAAACAUUGUUCAGUUUAUUGGCUGUGUUACAACCCAAGUUCAUCCAAUGAUGAUCAUGGAGUACUUGGCGUGUGGUGACCUGCUGGGUUAUCUGAGGAAAAGCCGUGGAAUUCAUGAUAAGUAUCAUCUUGGACAGGGGAGUGUUCCAGAGCUGGAAAUAUAUGACCUAGUGCUGUUUGCCAAACAAAUUGCGGCUGGUAUGGUGUUUCUUGGAUCAAGAGGCAUAAUCCAUCGUGACCUUGCAGCUCGUAAUGUUCUUCUUGAUGACAACUUUGUUUGCAAAGUUACCGACUUUGGUCUGGCUUAUCAAGAUUUCAAAUAUGGACAUGGAAAUGCUAAAAAGGGCUGUAUGCCAAUUAAAUGGACUGCACCUGAGAUUCUUUCAGGAGAUCUUUCUGCGCUCUCAACCCAAAGUGAUGUGUGGUCUUAUGGAAUUGUCUUGUAUGAGAUCUUCACCAUCGGAGGAAUUCCAUACCCAGGAUGGUCUGAAGGCAGAGUGGUUCAGGCAGUCCUGAAUGGAUAUCAAAUGCCAAAGCCUGACCAUAUUGACGACCAAUUGUAUGAUAUAAUGAUUAGGUGCUGGAACUUAAACCCUGACUUCCGUCCUCCUUUUGAAAACCUACGACAAAGAAUGGAUACAUACCUUCGAGAGGAGACAUACACGGAACUGGUCAACAUGGGGAAAUAUGACAGCGUGAAAUACUCCAAGGUUGAAGAUCUUGGAGCUCAAGAUGAACCAGCAAGUGAGCAAGUCAAGACGAGCACCACUGGAAAGAAAUUGGGAAAAUGGUCGAGUGUCCGUUAAAUAAGAGUAAAUAUAUGACUUACUGGUGGCUAUUAUAGCUUUUAUGCACGGCAAUCGUUAAGGGUGUGUGUGUGUGUGUUGUGUUCAGGAUGAAAUAGUAUUUUUAUUUAACAAACUUUAUCCUUGAUGAGCUGUCACUGAGUAAGAUAUAGUUACAUAUUUAUCAAAGUAGCUGUUAAGUUUAACGUGUAGACUUUAUGAAAAGUAACGGUUUGCAAAUGUUAACUUACGAUUUCAAGUCUCAAGUUUCUUUAUUUCCACGCAACAAAAAUAUAAACUAAACAGAGAUUUAAAAAAAUGUGAAUUUGCCACAAUUAGUUCUUGGUCGGUGUAUAAACACGUUUUGAUUCGAUCUCGCACGUAUGAUAUCGGUGAACAUCUCUGGUAUUCAAGAAACAGGAGUCAUAGAUUCUUGGGAGCAAAUUAUACUGGUGUACAUAACUUCACCCAGUUACAUAUUACUUUGCCAUUGUUAUGGAAUAGUGUCAUCCAUAUAGCAUUUAUUUAGUCAGCCUUGUUUUAUGUAAUACCAGAUUGCUUCUUUGCUGUAUAGUGAUUUAAGUACGAUUUCGUUGCUGAUAUUAACUGCAGUUUGCUUUUGAAGUAAAUACGAUUUAAAUUUUCACUAACUGAUCAAGUCAGGAGUAGGAAAAUAUUUUUUAAAUAGUUUGUAGAAUUUUUAUAUAGCAACUUUCAGUUUUAGGAACACUUCCAUAUAUCAGUAAGCAGUAAUAAAUAAGUAAGUUAUUUCUCAGGGCGACAGAAUUCAGGAUUACUCAAGAAAAUAUUAUUUAGUACAGUUUCUAGAACUACCACGUUGUUAUUUAAUGAUGCUAUCCGUAUCUGACUUAUUUAAUCAUCAUGUUCUUGUUGUUAUGAGUAUGCUGUUACUCAUUUGUCGCUCACUGAAGUGCUUUGUUUCUGAUGUUAACCAUUCUGCUGCAAUUCAAUAGCGAUUUGCUUAAACAGAGGAGAACCUCCUUAAAGAGUGUUAUUUAAGCUAAAAUAGCUAUUUUUAUUACCGGUUUUUAGUGUGUAGAGUAAAAACACCUGUCGAGAGAGCACAUAACAACUUACCCAUGCGAGAGGGAUUUACUUAACAACAACAACAACAACAACAACAACAACAACAACAACGACAACAGCAAAAUUUUAUUUCACUCCAGAGUAAAAAGAGAAAAAUAAUUUAAAAUGUCAUAUCGAAGCAAACAUGAUAUGGGUGUUCAGCUGGCUACCCGAAAAACCUGAGAGUCGAGGGGAACCAGAAUCUGAAGAGGUGUUUUGAUCUGCACACUAUCAUUAGGUAAUAUCUAAUUCUUGUAGAACACUCCAUGUAAUAGCUUGAAUGAAAACUUAAAUCUAAAAGCUAACUUUGUCUACAGAUA